AUGGACGACUCGGACGCGGCGACCGCGCGCCAGCCCCGCGUCCACCUGCGCCCCGGUUCCCUGCGCGACGCUGCGCCCGGCACGCUGCACCUGCUGCCCUGCGAGGUGCUGGCGACGCGGGCCGCCCCCGUGGAGCGCUUCUUCACGCCCGCCAUCCGCCGCGGCCCCGACGGCCUGCGCGCGUCGUUCCGGGGACGCAGUCUGCGGGGCGAGGAGGUGGCCGUGCCGUCCGGCUUCGUGGGCUUCGUGAUGGCGACGGAGGGGCCGGGGGCGGGGCUGCCGGACCCCGAGCCGCCGCAGCGGGACGAGCCGCCGGAGCGGGGCUGGGACCACCGCGCCGCCGCCACCGCCAGCUUCGGCCGCUUCACGCUGUGGGGCCUGGAGGCCGUCCCCGGGCCGGACGCCCGAGUGCGCGGGGCGCUGGGCUGGCCCAGCCUGGCCGCGGCGAUCCACGCGCCCGUGGCCGAGGGCUGAGGACCCUGCUCGACGGAGAGCCUGCCGCCGCCGCCCGUCCUCCCCGCGAACAA